AUGAUAUCCCUGCGAAAAGGUGCGCCAGAACAGGUGUCAGAGUCAGGCGGCGCAUGUGUCAGAACAGCUUUCCAUCAGGUAUCAGAGGUGUUAGGGGUCACUUCCCACCUUUCCACAGUUGUCUGCCAUUUAGGCAUCACCUCGGCUCAUGCUCUGAAGCUCCUUGCCGAGGUGAUAAGACGGGUUAAGGCCACCUCGCCAAAUGGAGGGCCGAGGUGGAACUCCAGUAAUCUUGCGGGGGAAGAUGCAGAACAUAUCCUCAAUAUCCCACUAAGCAUUGCAGAAAGAGGGGAUUGUCUGGUCUGGAAUCACUGCAACACAGGUCACUACACUGUAGCAUCUGGCUACAAAUAUCUGCAGCAAGUGAAGAGAAAACGAAGGGAAGAAAGCAACAAAGGAACUGGAUGCAGCUAUCAACAAGCAAAUGGGAAACUUUGGAACACUUUUUGGAAGUUACCUAUCAAAUAUAAGCUGAAAAUUUUUGUGUGGAAAUGCAUCAAUAAUGGAAUACCAACAAAGGCCCAAAUCUUCCAUAGAACACGAAGAGGAGAAUCAAUAUGCUGUGGAUGUGGAGAAAAAGAGGAAUCAAUAGAGCAUAUACUGCUGCAAUGCAAGAUAGCAAAAGAGAUUUGGAAAUUUGCUUUAGUUAACUGGGACGGGUUGGAAGACCAAACAGGCUGCUUCAAACAAUGGUGGACCUCAAUGAUGAUGCAGGCAAGAACCAGGCAAGGAGGAGAGGAUCACAUAGCGCUAACUGUCAAUGUGCUGUGGCAAAUCUGGAAAGCGAGAAACACCAGAAUCUUCAACUCAGCACAACAACACCCCUUUAAAGUGAGUGAAAAAGCUACUCAAGAAUGGAAAGAGUACCAGGAAGUAAGUCAACAACAACCAAGAAAAAGCACAACAGAAACAAGAAGACAAGAAGAGAACUAUCGAUGCGAGCAAACUAGUUCAGAAGUGGUUACGCUAAAGCUGGCGACCCAACACCAGAAUGGAAACAAUUCCUUCGGCAUAGGAAUCACAGCUGCAAAUGGCGCAGGCCAAGGAAUUGCAGCCUGGUCGCUAAGGGAAAGACAAGCAAGGAACAGAGCUCAGGACAAUGUAGAGGCGGUGAGGCUAUGUAUGAUCAAAGCAGCAACAAAAGGAUGGAGGGACAUCAAGAUACGAAUUGAGGAUAGAAAGCUGCUGGACCAUAUACGAGCUGGAAAAGCCAGAAGUUUGGAGGAAACCACUAUAAUAGAGGACAUACAGAAAAUGACUUCAUGGUUUCGAAUGUGCUUCUUUGAAAGGUUAAGUGAGGACUGUGAUAGCCUGUGUUAUAGUUUGAGCAAAAUUGCUCUUCUAAACUUUUGUGAUAUGGAGUGGAACUAUUCCAUCCCAGAGUGCUAA